CAAACAGUGCAUGUUCCCGUGGAGGAGCGGGAACGCGCGAGCGUGCGCGGCCUCGUGUCGUCGUGUCCCGCGCUGGGUUUCAAGUUGUUGUCGAACGCUUUUGUGCAUGGGUGCCACACGCUGUCGUUGAUUCACAUCAGCUAGGGUGACACAUAUUAAGGCAACGUUUACAUUUCAGACAGAAGAAUAAUUUAAGAAGAGAUGCACUGACUGAGGGAGGAAUUACUAAACGAAGCGAUGCCUGUUCUGAUCUGAAACAACAAGUGAAGGUAUUUCAUUCAGCGGUGCAGCUCUGCUGUUCAUCACACCAAAGACACAGUGGACAUCAUGGCUGACGAGGAACUCAUGUUCAGCAUGGAGGAGGUGGGCAGCGCCAGAAGGGACAGGGCGCAGAGGGCUCCAUCCUCCUCUGACGCCAACAGUGACGACGAGGACGACUACUACAUCUGUCCUAUCACAGAUGACCCCAUGAGCCCUGCCAAGGAGAUCUGCGGAUACCUGAAGAACCUCAUUCACGACAAGCAGCUGUCUUCCCCCUCUCCCAAAAACUUCAACUAUAGGAACUCUAAGGAAUAUGAACCAGAGCAACAAUCAGUCAGGUUUGGGUCAUUAACUGAAAAAGGUCGGGCAGCGUGGAAACAUGCCAUUGAGAAGGCGAAGGCCAUGCCUGAUCCCUGGGCGGAGUUUCACCUGGAGGACAUUGAGACGGAGCCCUGUAUCCGAUACAGGUACAAUGCUGUUACUGGGGAGUGGGCACAGGACCAAGUUUACAUAAAGAUGGCUGCUCAGCCAUUUGGAAGAGGAGCCAUGAGGGAAUGUUACAGAACGAAGAAGCUGUCAAAUUUCUCUCACAGUAGCAACUGGAAAUCAGCAUCCAACUAUGUGGCAAAGCGGUACAUAGAGACUGUAAGCCGUGAUGUGUACUUUGAAGAUGUUAGGCUGCAAAUGGAAGCCAAGCUGUGGGGGGAAGAGUAUAAUCGCCAUCGCCCCCCUAAACAGGUGGACAUUAUGCAGAUGUGCAUACUGGAAAUGACUGAGAGACCAGGGAAACCACUCUUCCAUUUGGAGCAUUACAUUGAGGGUAAAUACAUUAAAUACAACUCCAACUCUGGCUUUGUGAGAGAUGACAACAUUCGCCUCACCCCUCAGGCUUUCAGUCACUUCACUUUUGAGCGGUCUGGACAUCAGCUGAUAGUAGUGGACAUUCAGGGUGUGGGGGACCUUUACACAGACCCCCAGAUCCAUACCGAGAAGGGUACCGACUUUGGGGAUGGCAAUCUGGGUGUGCGUGGUAUGGCCCUGUUCUUCCAUUCCCACUUGUGUAACAAGAUCUGCAAGAGCAUGGGUCUCACGGCCUUUGACCUGUCCCCUGCAGAAAUUGCCCAGUUGGACUGCACGAGCAAGUUGCUGCAGUCAGCCAAGACAGUUCUGCGUGGGUGUGAGGAGCCCUGCGGCUCCAGCAGGGUCCGCACGUUUUCUACUGGCCGCAUGCCCCCACUUCUGUCCCGCCUCUCUGAAACAUCCUCUGUGGAUGAAAGUUUGAGUGACCAGGAAUCUGUGCCCUGUUCCCCUCUGGUGUUCAGCAGCUCUGUGGGAAAAUCUCCACUGGGCUGGUCUUUAAUGAAUGAAAUGCACCUGCACAAUGAAGCAAACAAUGACACCAGAGCAGACCACAAGGAUCAAGAGAGUGGAGACAGUGGUUACCCCAGUGAAAGACGCGAUGGAGACUCCAUUGAACAUGUUGACAGGCCCUACUCCUACAGCAGACGACAGUACGAGUCGGAUGAGGACAGUAUUCGACGGAAAUCAAUAGUAACACCAAGCAAGUCUUUCCUUCCCGCCAACAACUCCCAAAACCAGCCGGUAACUGAAGAGAAGUGGAGUUUCUUCCACACGUCUCGCUCACACAUACACAGACCUUCCUGCGUGGCUGUAGAAGUGGAGAGACUUAACGCACUUGAGCUGGAACGUAAAAUUGGCAAGUCCAUUCUGGGCAAGGUCCACUUGGCCAUGGUUCGAUACCACGAGGCUGGUCGGUUCUGUGAGAAGGAGGAGCAGUGGGACCAGGACUCUGCUAUGUACCAUCUGGAGCGUGCGGCGAUGUGUGGAGAGCUGGAGGCCAUUGUGGCACUGGGCCAGACCUACCUUCAGCUGCCUCACCACAUCCUUCCUGAUCUCACUGUCCCGGACUCUGAGGAGAACAGAAAGAAGGGCUUCAACUUUCUGCUGCAGGCAGCUGAGGCUGGAGACAGACCGUGUAUGAUUCUUGUGGCCAGAGCAUUUGAUACAGGAAUUAAUCUAUCACCAGAAAGGACUCAGAACUGGCAGGAUGCCGUGCGCUGGUACAACUGCUCCCUCAACAUGAUGGACUAUGAUGAGGGCGGGGAGUUUGACGGCAUGCAAGAUGAGCCACGGUUUCUGCUACUGGCCAGAGAAGCAGAGAUGUAUCAGACUGGGGGCUUUGGCCUGGACCCAGACCCCCAGAGGUCAGGGGAUCUGUUCACAGAGGCUGCAGAUGCAGCGAUGGAGGCCAUGAAGGGCCGCCUAGCCAACCAAUAUUACAUGAAGGCAGAGGAGGCCUGGGCAAUGAUGGAAGAGUAACUGUUGAGUAAGAGAAGUCCACGAUGGCAGCCAGACUAUUCCAGUGUCAUCAGACCUGGUUCACAUACCUUGAUGGAACUCAGAUUUUAUAUGCUGCAUUUUCCCCUUUUCCUAUAUUUACCCAUCCUGAGGCCUCUGCUGGUGCUUUUAUUGUAAAAUGCAAGUUUACACACAGAGCUCUCCGGUCUUGGUCCCUGUAGAUUGCAGUGUGUGUAGAUUGUCUUGGUCUUUUUAAACUGAUGGUAAUGUCAGUACAAUUAACAGAAGGCUUAAUUAGUUCACUUGAAAAUAAUUUGAGUGAUUAACCCAUUUGUUUCUGCCAGUCAAAUUGAAUGAAUAUGCAUAUUUAUGAACACAUGAGGUCUGGGAAAGAGACUUCCAUAAAAAUAUGGUCCUCAUAAUGAACAGUGGUCUUCAGGAAAGACCACUAGCCUAUUUGUCAAAAAGAACAAAAAAAUUACUUUUUUCAAGUUGCCUUUCCUGUGUAUAGAAAUUCAGUUUUAGAAUUUAAAAACUCUUUUUCUUGUGAUUUACAAAUAACCUUUUAGGGGUAAAAUAUUGCAAUAUAUAGAUAUAUUUUUUUUUAAUAUGGGUGAUCAGAGGAAUGUAUGAGGAAUAUUUCACAAUUGUUUGUCAAGUUUGUGUCAAAGGAAAAGCAUGUUUUCCUUAUUUGUUUUUUGUGUUGUAUAGGAGAGUGAUGCAUGUCUGGUUUGUUUUUUAUGUACUUACAGGAAUGAUAUUUCUAAAAAUUGAAUAAAUAUAUUGAAAACCCCUUAUUUCUGAUUGGGAGAAACAUAUAGUACAUUGAUCAUUUUAAACUAGUCAGCCUUUUGAAUUUUCCAUGCAGUGAUUUAACACAAGAACACUGAAACAUUAGAGAAGAAUGCAUACAAGUGCCAUUUUAUUAGAUACAAAUGGUUGAUUUUACAGUGAUUACUAUUUUUAUAUGUUGAAAUUGGCAAAAAGCACAAGCAAGUUGAGGCAAAUUGCAUUAUACCAGUUUGCAUUUCUUUUUUUGUGAUGCAGGGGUGUAACACGUUACUUUGAAACCUUUGAAGGGGAAGCCCAGAUUUAUUUUUAACAUUAAAAUAUAAGGGUAACCUCAAGUAAUAUUCUUUGAACACUGCUAUGUGCACAUAUAGCCCUCCUCCUAUCAGAUUUGAUUUGCUGCUUUCUGCUUAAAUUUCUGGAUUUCUACAUUGAAAAGCUCAUUCUUGGCCAGAGUCAUUGUUCAUUCGCAUUCCUCCAUAAAGGUUUGUACUGGCUCAGCUGGAAUCCUGCCCAUAUAUAUAGAUUCCCAUAUAACAUGGGAAGGUACAGUAGAUUCUAAUACAGCCAUUUGAAAUAAGGUAAGCAUCCUGUAUACAUGAAUGUAGGUUUUACUUUUUGGAAGAAUUACAGAAAUUUCUUUUAAUGUGCACUGUGUGUUCAAUCCAGUGCCCACUGUGUGGUGGAUCUGGGGUUCAGGUCCUGAUUGGGAUGCC